GCUCCCUUAAUAAUAAUUAUUAAAAAAUAGAACGAGGGAGCGGUCACCGUCGCCGUUUUUCAUUUCAAUUCAAAUCCCUUCACUUGGCUACGCGUUUCUUCUUCUUCUUCUUCUUCUUCUUCCUCAGUGAACGUAGUGAUCACCAAAUUCAUUCUCUAUUAUGCCUCGGGACCAUCCGUAGUAUCUCUCUCUUGCCUUGUUUCCUCAACCCAGAUUCCGUUUUCUCUGUUUAUUUCAGAAAUUAGGUUUGAUUUGUUUUGGUAUUGUCCAAUAUGAAGAGGAGAAAAUCGGAAACCAGAUUGGAUAAAUUCGACUUGUUCCUGUCUUUGAGCAGGCAAAGAUCCAUUCAAAUUCUGAUUGGCGUUGGUUUUUUGUAUAUACUCCUUGUUACUAUAGAAAUCCCUUUUGUCUUUAAUACUGGUUUCAGUGCUGUUUCUCAAGAAACUCUGGCUCGCCCUUUUACGCUUCAAAGCGAAGAGGAUUUGCUGGAUAAAGGUGCUCCUACUCGGCCCCGUCACUUGGUUUCUCAUAACUCGGCCCAACCAACUCAGUCCCAAAGUACUAACAGAACCCUCAGGUUGUUGUCAAGUUUGAAUUUUGACCCCACAACAUUUGAUCCUACUAAAAAAGAUGGAUCCAUCGAGCUUCACAAGACUGCUAAGACUGCUUGGGAGGUGGGAAGAAAGUUUUGGGAAGAGAUAGAUUCGGGUAAAGUUCAGGUUUCGGAUGUAAAAACCCCCAAGAACCUAUCCGAGUCGUGCCUGCAUUCGGUUUCGUUACCUGGGUCAGAUUUUUUAAAGCGAGGGAAGGUGGUGGAGUUGCCGUGUGGGCUGACGUUGGGGUCACACGUAACGGUGGUGGGGAUGCCAAGGUGGGCCCAUGCUGAGAAAGACCAAAAAAUAUCACUGGUGAAAGAUGGUGGAGAGCCGGUGAUGGUGUCACAGUUUAUGAUCGAGUUGCAGGGGCUGAAGAUCGUGGAAGGCGAGGAUCCGCCGAGGAUUCUGCAUUUCAAUCCGAGGCUGAAGGGGGAUUGGAGUGGGAAGCCGGUGAUUGAGCAGAAUACUUGUUAUAGGAUGCAGUGGGGGACUGCUCUGCGUUGUGAGGGUUGGAAGUCUAAGGCUGAUGAGGAGACAGUUGAUGAUCAGGUGAAGUGUGAGAAGUGGAUCCGAGAUGACGACAAUCACUCUGAGGAGUCAAAGGCAACUUGGUGGUUAAGCCGGCUCAUUGGCCGAACUAAAAAGGUGUCUGUUGACUGGCCAUUUCCAUUUGUAGAGGGGAAGCUGUUUGUUCUAACACUCAGUGCUGGUUUGGAAGGUUAUCAUGUUAAUGUUGAUGGGAGGCACAUCGCCUCUUUUCCUUAUCACACUGGUUAUACUCCUGAGGAUGCCACAGGGUUAACUGUGAACGGUGACAUAGAUGUUCACUUUCUAUUUGCUGCUUCAUUGCCCACAACACACCCGAGUUUUGCUCCUCAGAGGCAUUUAGAGAUGACAGACAGAUGGAGAGCACCACCUCUUCCUGAGGGUUCUGCAGAACUUUUUAUUGGCAUUCUUUCUGCAGGCAACCAUUUUGCUGAGAGGAUGGCUGCAAGGAAGUCUUGGAUGCAACAUAGGAUCAUUAAAUCUUCAACUGCAGUAGCUCGUUUCUUUGUAGCACUGCAUGCCCGGAAAGAUGUGAAUUUGGAGUUGAAGAAAGAGGCAGAAUUUUUUGGUGACAUUGUUAUUGUGCCUUACAUGGACAACUAUGACCUUGUGGUAUUAAAAACGGUUGCUAUCUGUGAAUAUGGGGUUCGCACUGUCCAUGCAAAGUAUAUUAUGAAGGGUGAUGAUGACACAUUUGUUAGAGUGGAUGCAGUCCUCGAUGAAGCAAGAAAAGUUCCUGAAGGCAGGAGCUUUUACAUUGGGAACAUAAAUUACUACCAUAAGCCUCUUCGAUAUGGUAAAUGGGCAGUGACAUAUGAGGAGUGGCCAGAGGAAGAGUAUCCGCCUUAUGCAAAUGGACCAGGGUACAUUGUGUCCUCUGACAUUGCAUGGUUCAUUGUUUCCGAGUUCGAGAGACAUAAAUUAAGGUUGUUCAAGAUGGAAGAUGUGAGCAUGGGAAUGUGGGUGGAGCAGUUCAAUAGCUCAAAACCUGUGGAGUAUGUACAUAGCUUGAAGUACUGCCAGUUUGGAUGCAUUGAAGGCUAUUUCACAGCUCAUUAUCAAUCCCCAAGGCAGAUUAUCUGCCUUUGGGAUAAACUGCAAAAGCUUGGAAAGCCCCAGUGCUGCAAUAUGAGAUGACAAAUCCUUGAUGCUGUCGAGUGCUGGAACAUGGGUUGAUACCGUGAUGGUCACAGUAUUUGGUGACUCAAGCCAGUGGAUGCUACGACGAUCACAACAAUGGAUGAUUGUCUGAAGAAGUUGAGAUAGGUUACACGAGGAAGUUUUGCAGCCAUAGCAUAAAAAUUGUAAAUUCUGUGAAGUUGGCUUAGCUUUUCCUCCUAGGCUGAACGAGUUCCAGUUCCAAUUCAUUCAUUGUUUUUCCCUCUCUCUUCCGUUUCUUGUUUUCACAUUUAGCUCUAAGGUUCUGGAACUUGGAAGAUGAUAGAUGAUAGCAGUUCAAUCUUUGCAGGAAACUUGUCCCCAUAAGUCCUUUCUUGCGUUUCAAUUCAUAAUCAAAAUAUAUAGAGCUGGGAAUAGCUGGUGUUAAACUAUA